AUGGAUCCCCGUUCUCUGGGCUGCCUCCUCCAGGAGCUGGAUGCCGCCUCGGCUUUCUACCUGCUGGUGAGCGCGCUGGCCACCACCGACCUGCUGGGCAAGUGCCUGGUCAGCCCCAUCGUGCUGGCCGCCUACGCGCGCAACCGGAGCCUCAGCGAGCUCUGGCCGGCGGCCGUCGAGGGGGACUCGGCGGAGGAGGCGGAAUCGGCGCGCCCGGGGCGCCUGUGCCAGCUCUUCGCCUUCCUGAUGGCCUUCUUCGGCCUGGCGCCCACCGUCCUGCUGCUGGCCAUGGCCCUCGAGUGCUGGCUGUCGCUGGGGCGGCCCUACUUCUACGAGCGCCACACCAGCCGUCGGAGAGGGGCGCUGCUGACCGGCGGGGCGGCGCUGCUCUGCGCCCUCUUCUGCGCCCUGCCCUUCGCCGGAUUCGGCGCCACCGUCCAGUACUGCCCGGGCACCUGGUGCUUCAUCCGCAUGAGCGAAAACUUCCCUGCUUUUCCAAAGAUCCGUGCUUACGUGGGAGCAUUCGCUCCCGAUUACGACGAGAAGGCGGACCUGACAGCCCUCCGCUUCUUUUCCGUGAACUCCAUUGUGGACCCCUGGGUCUUCAUCAUAUUCCGGACUUCCGUCUUUCGCUCUUGUCUUCGCCGGCUCUCGUGGCGGUUGAGUUCGAGGAGAGCGACCCAUUCGCAGCUCCUGGAAACAUGGCCACGGAAAGAAUCGGACUCGGUGCAGAAGGGAGAGAGAGUCUCCGUCUCCGAGGAGCUGGACCACCUCAUCCUCCUCUCCAUCAUGACCCUCACCUUCGCCGUCUGCUCGCUGCCCUUCACGAUCCGUGCCUUCAUGGACUAUUUUUCGCUGAAUGGAGAUUACAAAGGCGACCUUCUGGCGAUGCGGUUUCUGUCCAUCAACUCCAUCAUCGACCCCUGGGUGUUCGUCAUCCUCCGCCCCUCCGUCCUCCGACUGGUGCGAUCUGUCCUCUGCUGCCAGAUGCCCUUCAAGAUGCCCUGGGCUCAGAAGCGGCAAAGGCCUUCCUUGGCUGUGCCAAGGUCCGUCCCAGAGGCUGAUGUUUUGGACAGGGGUUCGCCCGCCUUUGGUCAAAGGUGAGUGGAAGUCCAUCUUCAGACGCCACCCCAGAACCAUGACUGGGAACCCGCUUUUCCGGGUAAACGAGCUUGCUGGAAAUGGAUGAGGCCCCCGUCUGUUCCGUCCGGUGCCAACCUGAGUGCGUUGGGAGGGCAGUCCAGAGGAACGCCAUCUUUACUGCCCGCUGGGAACGAUUCCAUGGAGAGCAUCUGAACGAAUGAAUGGUUUUAAAGGACCUGGAGGAAUGGAAGACAGAGGAUACCAGUCCUUUCUGCUCAGUCUUAACCAACAGUCACCCUCCAGAGUUUGAAGCGAGACUCUUUCCGAGCCUAUCCUGGAGAUGCCGGGGUUGAGCCUGAGGCGUUUUGCAUCCAGAUCCAGGGGCUUUGCUGCUAAGAAGGUUCUCUCUCGCCUUGCAGUGGGAAAAGAGGGAGAAAGAGGGUGAAAUGAUGACCCUGAAGACAAUGAUGUAGCACUUGAAGCAUAAGCAAAAGACUCCAUAUUCAUCUUUACCCGUUUCUUCUCUUAGUCAAAGUGAGGAAAC